UUCUCAUACCACGGGGGCGAGCGUAUUUCCUAAUUGCUCUAGCCAUGGCAGCUUUGGUAGCUGCUUUUCUAUUAGCCUGGUUCUUAUCACCUGGUUAUGGUAAUGCCACUAGUCUAUGUCCCAUCGAUCAAAGAAACGCAGCCAAACUCGGAUCUGAUGGUCCUUUGGAGGAAUUGAUGUACCACGAUGAUAAAACAGUUCAUGAUCCCAAUGCUGGUACAGGAACAGAAAAGGAACCUUAUCGACCUAGCAGAUACAAGAUUUUCUUAUCUCCAAAUAUAUCAUCUUCCCAAACGUAUGGUGAAGUUUACAUCGACUUCGAAUGCUUUGAGAAUGAUGCUGAAAUUAUCAUAGAUAUUGGUGGUGACAUGUUGAUCCAGGCUGAGAAAAUGACUUUACACGAUGUUAGUGAUACCCAGGAACAAAGUAUCAAUAUUAAAAAACAUGAUUACUUGCCGGACUUUGCAACCAGAACAAGAUUUUCUAUAACCCCCGAAAAAGCUGUAGAAGGCAAAAAAUAUAGACUGUAUAUGCCAUUUAAUGGAAGACUCAACGAUAAAUUGCAAGGUUUUUAUAAAGCCAGUUACAUAGACCUCAGUGGACACCAAAGAUGGCUAGCAUCAACACAAUUUUCUCCGACCGAUGCGAGAAGAGCUUUCCCGUGUUUCGAUCGGCCUGCCUUAAAAGCAACCUUCGAGAUAUCCAUGGAGCGACCGAACGAACUUAGGACUAUCUCAAAUAUGCCGAUGGACAGAUCAGAACCGUCUGAUUCAAAACCUGGUCACACAAUCGAUUUCUUCCCAGAAACAAUUAAGAUGUCUACAUACUUAGUAGCAUUUAUUGUUUCUGAUCUUAUGGGCAGCGAAACUUUAAUAGUACCGAUCCCAGGCACAGGAAAAUCAUUCCCAUUGAGAGCUUGGUCACGUCCUGAAGUGCUAGAUCAGACAGAAUACGCUAGAAAUCUUUCAGUUUCCUUGUUAGAGUAUUACCAGGGUUACUUUGGAAUUGAUUUUCCUAUGCCGAAAAUUGAUAUCGUUGCUGUUCCUGAAUUCGGUUUCAAUGCUAUGGAAAAUUGGGGCCUAAUAACAUUCAGGGAGUCUGCAAUGUUGAUAGCUGAUAAAAUUACCUCAGAAAGUCGCAAAGAAACUGUCGCUACAGUAAUUAGCCACGAACUUGCCCAUCAGUGGUUUGGCAAUCUGGUCACACCCGCCUGGUGGAACGAUCUUUGGCUUAAGGAAGGAUUUGCAACCUACGUCGAAUUUAUGGGCGUCGAUUAUGCUCACCCCACAUGGCGAAUGACCGAUAAGUUUUUGGUUAAUGAAAUCCAAGAGUGCAUGAACGAUGAUGCCAGUAAAUCUUCGCACCCGCUUUCUGUUCCAGUUUCCACAGAUGCCGAAAUUAGAAGAAUAUUUGAUCCCAUUUCUUAUACUAAAGGUGCUUCCAUAAUUCGUAUGAUGGAACAUUUUCUUGGUGCAAACGUUUUUAAAUCUGGCCUGAAAAGAUAUUUGAAUGCCCAUCUUCAUGCUAAUGCCAGACAAGAUGAAUUAUUUGCCGAUUUAACAGCGGAAGCUUUGCAGAGUUCUGAACAGAUUUUACCUGCAAACGUAACUGUAAAAGAUAUUAUGGAUACUUGGACUUUACAAGCAGGAUUUCCAGUUUUAGAUGUUAAAAGGCAUGGAAAGGAAGUAACAUUCACACAGAGUAAAUUCAUUCUACCUUCAAAUGAUUCAUCCGACGGUUCUCGCUGGUGGCUUCCCAUCAGUUUAACAUCAGCAUCUGAUCUCAAUGCCACAACUAAACCUGUACUAUGGUUGUCUCCAAAAUCGGAUUCCUUGAGCUUUACUCCGCCGAAAGCUAACGAAAAUGAUUAUAUUCUUGCUAAUCUAAAUCAAACAGGGUUCUAUCGGGUUAACUAUGACAAUGAAAACUGGAACCUCCUCAUUGAAGCCUACUAUGAACUGCCUGAUUUAACUAGAGCGCAAUUACUGGACGAUUCAUUUGCUUUAGCAAGAGCUCAUCUUUUGGAAUAUGAAAUUCCGCUUAUAUUUGCAUCCAGAUUGUCUCAUGAUAUGAGUCCAGUAGCAUGGCAAUCAGCUUCUAGGCCUAUUUUGCAUUUAAACAGGAUGAUGAGUAGAGAGCCAGCUUAUGGAGCAUUCAGAUUAAGAACAGUUGUAACUCAACAUUCAUGCGGCUGCAGUCAAUGGUAUUUAUCGUCAAUUAGAUUUGAAGAAGAAAAACCAGAUGAUGAUCAUUUGACAAAAUUGCAUCGUCCUCUGAAACCAGAUGAUGAUCAUUUGACAAAAUUGCAUCGUCCUCUGAUGAUUAAUUUAGCAUGCGCACUAGACCAUCCAGACUGUCUCAAUAGAGCGCAAUAUAUGAUGAGAUUAUGGAUGAGGGAUGAAGAACACAAUCCAAACUGGAACCUCCUCAUUGAAGCCUACUAUGAACUGCCUGAUUUAACUAGAGCGCAAUUACUGGACGAUUCAUUUGCUUUAGCAAGAGCUCAUCUUUUGGAAUAUGAAAUUCCGCUUAUAUUUGCAUCCAGAUUGUCUCAUGAUAUGAGUCCAGUAGCAUGGCAAUCAGCUUCUAGGCCUAUUUUGCAUUUAAACAGGAUGAUGAGUAGAGAGCCAGCUUAUGGAGCAUUCAGAACAUUCAUGCGUGCUGCAGUCAAUGGUAUUUAUCGUCAAUUAGAUUUUGAAGAAAAACCAGAUGAUGAUCAUUUGACAAAAUUGCAUCGUCCUCUGAUGAUUAAUUUAGCAUGCGCACUAGACCAUCCAGACUGUCUCAAUAGAGCGCAAUAUAUGAUGAGAUUAUGGAUGAGGGAUGAAGAACACAAUCCAAUUUCACCAGAUGUGAGGUUACCUGUAUACUGUGCUGGAAUCAAGCAAGGCAAUGUGGAGGAAUGGGAUUUUGCUUUCAAAAAAUUCAAAGCAUCAAAUGUUCCGUCAGAGAAAAUGACUUUACUCAGUGCUAUGGGAUGCUCAAGAGAUCCUUGGAUUCUUGCAAGGUACUUGGAAAUGACAUUGGAACCCAAUUCACCAUUUAGCAAACAAGAUGGUGCUUUAAUUUUUGAAGUUGUUGCUGGAAAUAAGCAUGGGUUUGAUUUGGCAACUUCACAUCUUAUUGAUAACUUUAAAAAAAUCUAUGAGUAUUAUGGAGAAGGGUUCUCAACGGUCAAGAAAAUGAUCCACGCUUUAGCCUUAUACAUGAACAAAGAUUCUGACAAAAAGAAGUUGGCUGCAUUUGCAAAAGAACUGGAUUUGUUGGGAAUUGAAUCGGCAAAACGGCAUCUACAAACGGCAACGGAGGAUAUAAUGAAUAAUAUAUAUUGGCGGUCACAUGGAUAUUACAAUUUAGAAAAAUGGGUUAAAGAAUUUAAUGCUAAAUUUCAUAUUGUAGAAUAG